AUGCAAUCAACACGCACCUCCCUCGAAAGACAAGCCAAAAAACUCCGCUUCUUCCAAACCAUCCUCUCCUUCCUAGAUCGCUACCUCACAUUCCCACUUCCCCUCCGACCUGCAUUAACCCUCACAAUCCCAACAACAAUAAGUUCCAUCCCGGGGAAAAUAACCCUUUACAUAUACACCAACCCGGACGAUCCCCCAAUCUCAACAUACUCAACAACCCACGAAAUCGAUACACCGCGCCGCCCAACCCUCAUAAAUUUCCACAGCGGCGGAUUCAGCAUCGGACACGCAAUCGACGACGCGCGAUGGAUAUCCUCAGUCCUUAAGAAACACCCCUCCAGCCUCGUCGUCUCGGUGAAUUACCGUCUCGCACCAGAAUAUCCAUUUCCAAUACCAAUGGAAGACUGCGUCGAUGCUUUAUUAUGGUUAUGGGACCAUGCCGAGAACUACAAUCUCGAUAGAAAGAGAUUCAUAUGUUGCGGUGGAAGUGCAGGUGGGAAUCUCGCAUUAACCGUUCCGCUACGACUAUAUGAGGAAUUAGAGAAACGAGGAAGAAGGGAUACGAAGAGGGAGAUACAAUUGGCUGGUUCUUUGGCAUUUUAUCCUAGUGUGGAUUGGACGAAGAGUCGUGCAGAGCGAGAUGCUACUAAUCCGAUUGCUGCGGAGAAGAGUAUGAUUCCGCCGACGGUUUUUACGUUUUUUGAUGAAUCUUAUUUGGUGGAACAGCAUUUACCGAAGAGGGAGUGUGGAAGGUCUAGUACUACUGGGGCUGAGAAUGGGGAUUCUAAGGGGGAUGAUGAGGGUGAGGGUGGGAGUGUACAGGUUGAGGUUGAUAUGGGACAUCCGUAUUUAUCACCUGGACUUACACCGACGAAUCUCUUGCUUGCGGCUUUCCCGCCUUGUGUGACUAUCUAUACCUGUGGCUGGGAUCAGUUGCUUGUUGAAGGGAAUACUCUCCGGGAAAGGAUUUGUAGGUUUGUGGAUGAGGGCCGGAUGAGACAUUGUGGUGGGUAUGAAGUUGAAGAGGCGAUCCAUGGGUUUGAUAAACGGCCGAAUUUUUGUUUUGGGAAUGAGAUUCGAGAUAAGAUGUAUAGUGAUGCGGUGGAACAGUUGGGGAUUAUGUGGGCUUGUGAGCAUGAGUCUGAGGAGGAAGGGAGUGAUAUCACUGUAUAA